CGCCUCCCGGCCCGCGCCUGCCGCGCGCCCACGAAGGGGUUACGCGGCGAAGCUGGGGCCAGCGCCCGGCCGGCUCGGGCAUCGAUGCCCGGGGCUCCGACGGCACCAGAGCCAGCUGCCGCCGGGCCGGGUGUGGGGAAGAUGUCCCAGUCCACCGCCACCGACGAGGGGGCCACGUUCGAGCACCUCUGGAGCUCUCUGGAGCCAGACAGCACCUACUUUGACCUUCCCCAGUCGAGCCGGGGGAGCCGUGAGGUGGUGGGUGGCACAGAGGCCAGCAUGGAUGUCUUCCACCUGCAGGGCAUGACCACAUCUGUCAUGUCCCAGUUCAAUUUGCUGAGCAGCACCAUGGACCAGAUGAGCAGCCGCGCGGCCUCGGCCAGCCCCUACACCCCGGAGCACGCCGCCAGCGUGCCCACCCACUCACCCUACGCGCAGCCCAGCUCCACCUUCGACACCAUGUCGCCGGCGCCGGUCAUCCCCUCCAACACCGACUACCCGGGCCCCCACCACUUUGAUGUCACCUUCCAGCAGUCGAGCACGGCCAAGUCGGCCACCUGGACGUACUCCCCGCUGUUGAAGAAACUCUACUGCCAAAUCGCCAAGACGUGCCCCAUCCAGAUCAAGGUGUCCACCCCGCCGCCCCCGGGCACCGCCAUCCGCGCCAUGCCCGUCUACAAGAAGGCGGAGCACGUGACGGAGGUCGUGAAGCGCUGCCCCAACCACGAGCUGGGGCGGGACCUCAAUGAAGGACAGUCUGCCCCAGCCAGCCACCUCAUCCGCGUGGAGGGCAACAACCUCUCACAGUACGUGGACGACCCUGUUACCGGCAGGCAGAGCGUCAUGGUACCCUACGAGCCCCCACAGGUGGGGACGGAAUUCACCACCAUCCUGUACAACUUCAUGUGCAACAGCAGCUGUGUGGGGGGCAUGAACCGGCGGCCCAUCCUCAUCAUCAUCACCCUGGAGACCCGGGAUGGACAGGUGCUGGGCCGCCGGUCCUUCGAGGGCCGUAUCUGUGCCUGUCCUGGCCGAGACCGCAAAGCCGAUGAGGACCACUACCGCGAACAGCAGGCCCUGAACGAGAGUGCCGUCAAGAAUGGGGCCGCCGGCAAGCGUGCCUUCAAGCAGAGCCCCCCUGCCAUCCCUGCCCUGGGCACCAACGUGAAGAAGAGGCGGCACGGGGACGAGGACACGUACUACAUGCACGUGCGGGGCCGGGAGAACUUUGAGAUCCUGAUGAAGGUCAAGGAGAGUCUGGAGCUGAUGGAGCUGGUGCCGCAGCAGCUGGUCGACUCCUACCGGCAGCAGCAGCAGCAGCUCCUGCAGAGGCCGAGCCCCCUGCAGUCUCCGUCCUAUGGGCCCGUCCUCUCACCCAUGAACAAAGCACAUGGUGGCAUCAGCAAGCUGCCCUCGGUCAACCAGCUGGUGGGCCAGCCUCCCCCGCACAGCUCGGCGGCCGGGCCCAACCUGGGGCCCAUGGGCCCCGGGAUCCUCAACAACCAUGGCCACGCCCUGCCGGCCAACGGUGAGAUGAACGGCAGCCACAGCUCCCAGUCCAUGGUCUCGGGGUCCCACUGCACCCCACCACCCCCCUACCAUGCCGACCCCAGCCUGGUCAGUUUUUUAACAGGAUUGGGGUGUCCAAACUGCAUCGAGUAUUUCACCUCCCAAGGGUUACAGAACAUUUACCACCUGCAGAACCUAACGAUAGAGGACCUCGGGGCCCUGAAGAUCCCGGACCAGUACCGGAUGACCAUCUGGAGGGGUCUGCAGGACCUGAAGCAGGGCCACGACUACGGGGCGCAGCAGCUGAUCCGCUCCAGCAGCAACGCCUCCACCAUCUCCAUCGGCAGCUCCGGGGAGCUGCAGAGGCAGCGGGUCAUGGAGGCUGUGCACUUCCGCGUGCGCCACACCAUCACCAUCCCCAACCGCGGUGGUCCGGGCGGGGGCUCUGGGCCUGACGAGUGGGCAGACUUCGGUUUCGACCUCCCAGACUGCAAGUCCCGAAAACAGUCCAUCAAAGAGGAGUUCACGGAGAGCUAGAUCAACUGAGGGGGGUGGGGACGGCGCAGGCCGGGGGGCCCUGCCUGCUGGCUUCUGGAGGAGUCCACCUGACCUGGUGCACAGAGCAGAGCGUGAGCACCUGUGGCCUGGAAUCCCAAGAAGCCUUGCUUUAUCUCAUCCUUUUUGUCAGACUGCCCUGGGAGGCAGGACCUCUGGGUUGUACCCAGGAAAAGGCAAGGUCCAGCCCUGCAGCCUGCCUUCACCAGCCCCAGGAGAUGCCUCUGGCCAGCGCAGCCAGCCAGCCAGUGGGAAUGGCCCAUGAGGGUGCCUGGAGCUGCACUGAGGGCGUGCUCUGAGGGCCAGCAUCCUCUGGGAUGGGCCUCACUCCUUGGCCUAAUCUUUAGGGACUCUGCUGCUCCCAAGCGAGAUCCCUCGAAAUAAAGGGUCGCCUUUGCUGAUGGACUGCCAAAAAGUAUUUUUCAUUGUCUUUUGGGUCUGAGUAGCAAUGAGUGGCUCGUGAUUGUAUCCAAAACACAGUUCUUUUCGGGUCACUGCUCCAGACUGUGUCUCUGCCCAAGGAUGGGUCCCUCUGCUGGACUUGAGGGUCAGUCUAUUCCUCACACACUUGACCACUAGUUCAAACCCCACUGCAGCUACCUUCCACUUCCUGCCCAAAGUGAACAGCAGAGUUUCACUAGAAUUGGAGAAGACUGGAGAGGAGGUUACCAGGGGCACGGCCCUUCCCAGGAGGCGAGGAAGCUUCUGGACAGUCGAUACAGCCAAAACCCAUGCCAACACUGCUGGCCACAGUCGCUGCUCUUCAGUGACCCUCUCAGCGUCAACAUGGACAGCAUGCUCCUCAAACUACUGGAAAUUGUCAAUAUUUGAUAAAAUCAUACCCUUUUCUACAUGGUGGGUCAGCUUUUUUUUAACUCAUCCUCAACCUGGUGGUCUUCCAGAGUCCAACCUGGUGGCCUUCUUGGCCUCCCAGGUGGAUGGCAACAAGCCAGGCUAAGAAAGCUGAGGAGUAAACCAGGUGGGGGUCCAAACCGAGUGAGGGACCAUCGCUUGUUCCUGGGUGGCUGGAUGGGAAUGAAGCCCAGAGCAAGAGGCCGCCAAGGAAGUGCAGGGCACAUGCGUCCGCACCACCGCUCUUGGCUGGGAGGCUCUCCGGCUGGAGCAGCUCCCAUGUCCCCUGGCUACUUUUGCAGUGGGGGUAGGGCAGUGGACUGCUUUCUCGGGGCCACAGGGAGAGCCCCUCCCAGGUGGAGGGAGCAGGUGGCAGGAAGGCCCACCCCUUGGGCUCAGGGGCUGGGCUCUGUGCUGGCAGAGGCCCUCGUGUGUUCACGGGCACAGCACUGCGGCAGGUGGGGGGGUGCAGUGCUUCGUGAGGCAGUGGGCUUUGGGGAGACAGCUUUCGCACGCCCAGCUUUUGUAGUGAUGGGGCCAUUUAGGUCUGCAUGGAACCUUCAGAGCCUUUGCAGCCAGAGAAUUGAGUCCCAGAGCUCGGCUGCAGAGCGGGAACAAGACUACAGAGAAAUGUGGGCGUAGGGCAUGAAGCCAACCCCAUUCCAGGCAGCUGGGAUGAAGGGAAUCCUGGCUAACACAAGCGGAGACACCGCCUUGGGCACAGGCCGCCAGGUGCCUGCCAAACACAAGUGGGUCCCCAUCCGUUUGCCUGGGGCACGCGUGGAGUUACGUUAUUUCUAGGCUGGGCUCUCCUGUCACUGAUGUCCCCAGAGAAGCAGGUAAGCCCCAGGCCAGGGGAGGUGUAGACACAGCCGUUAAUCACCCUCUGGGUCUCUUCUUGUUGCCAUAAACCACCCAGAAGAUGCCCUGCUCUUCGGGGAAGCGAGGAAGGGCUGUCUUCAGGUUGCCUGUUCAGAGAAAAAGCAACAGAUCCUGUGGAGGGUCCAUUCAGAAGUCAAGCUCCAUCCCUCUGCUCAUUGAACAAAGAAUGGGUGUUAAAAUGCCAGUUUCUUUGUUAGAUUUCCAGUCUCUGGAGAAAGCUGGACAUUGGGAGGAGGAAGGAGUGUUAAUUGUAUUAAAAUGGUUCAGAGACUAGCCAGCAGGGGAAGGGAGCCCUCGAGUGGCUCAGACCCCAUCCAACUCCAGUGAACAAAGCCACAGAGUCAGCUCUGCCCCAAACCCACCAUUGGGGUCGCGCCGACUAGGACUUCAUCUCAGGAAAAAGCAUAAACAUCGCCAGUCUCUGUUGAUUUAAAAGCAGCAAUUUGUGUUGACGCAGGUGCCUGUGUCUAGGAUAAUGCCCCCAGCUGGCCCCCUCCACUGUGCGCUCCCUGGGGCCCACCUUUCAGGGUUGUGAGAGCACCCAGGAUGCUCCGCCUGCAGCCAGGGCUGAGAGUCAUGUGGUCACAGAACCAGCUCACUCUGACAGGCAUCAGGCUUUGCCAAUUAGCCCGGAGAAGCUCAGCUCCUGGGGGAUCUGCAGUUCCCCCAGAAUACACAGCACGCCCAGGCGGCCACAGUCACAGUGGCCACAGACUCAGGGCUACUGCGGGCUGGGCAGACCGCCCCAUCUGUGCAUUUCCUCAUCUCUCUCUCCCAAGCCCGGGGUAAGGACACUGUUCUUGCCAUUUCACAGACAAGGGAGCUGAGGCACAGGAGCGCUAAGUCUUGUGACUCAAGUGUCACAGCCAGCUCAUAGCGGAGCCGGGCUGGAGUCUCGCACUUGCUCUCGGGCCACCUGCUGGAGUCCCCCCAGUUGUCCCCCUUGUACCACCUCAGGAGUGCAAGGGCCCAUCCCCGACUCCCUGGGGUCCACAAACCCAGCUGAGAUGCAGCUGAGUUCCCAGGUCUUGCAUGGCUUUGUUUCUUAGGCAUGUUUCCCAUCGGCCCAAGUCUGGCAGGGGACGCCACAAGGGCCCCCACCGUAUGCUCCUGGAAAGGGUUAGUGGGAGUGUGACACUGCAGGCAAGGGUGGGCAGAGCCCCCAGCCAAAUGACGAGGAAGGAAGGAAGGAAGCAGGAAGGAAGGAAGGCCUUGGGGCUGUGAACGGUGACCGUCCUCCCAGCGGGGGCCCCAGGUGCACAGGGGCUCCUCAGACCCCCAACCCGCCUGUGUGAGGAGCUCACGGACCACGAGCCUGUUCUUCCUUUGCUGAUGGAGGAGAGAACAGCUCUGAGAAUAAAGGAGUCUCGGCGGGGAGAAAAUACAAAGCAACAAAAGCUUUCAAGGCGUAAGGUUUUCCCAGGGGGACGGGGCGGGAGGGCAGCUGCUCGCUGUGCUGAGUGACAGCCAGGCAGGAGAGCCAGCACACCAACACCUGCAGAGGUGGUUUCAGCAGGAAAACAACAGCUAGCCAGUCACUCCUCUGUCUCCCAUGGCCACAGCGGGCUGUGGCUGUACCCAGACGUUCGCCACCAGGGCUGGGCGGCCACGAAGUGGUCGUUCCUCGCAGGUUUGAUUGCACAGUCGGAGGCCCAGGCCCCCGACAUGCAUGGAUCUGGGACACAGUGUAACUUGUCCCUGUGAACAGAUCAGCGUUUUACCCACAAACAUCCACUUCUGUCAUGGUCAGUUAAAGCACUUUAAUGCUUUAAGGUUGGAAAAAAAUACCUACCACCCAUGUUUUUAAUGUAAUAUAAUGCUUCUUCAAGCAGUAUUAAUGGAUAUAUUCCAAUGAUACUAACUGUUUUUGGUAAUGUAAUCUUGGGAAAAUGUGUUAUUUUUUUAGCUGUGUUUUGGUGGGAAUUUUUGUCUUUGUAACAUAAUAAAGCACAUGUUCCAA